AUGAAGCUCAUGACAACGCUCGUCGUCGCCGCGCUCGUGGGUCUGGCUUCCGCGACCAACCCAACCGUUGGGACGGAGCCCAACGCGCCAGCGCGGAACAACUUGCGCGGCGGCGACAACCGUAUGCCUCCGACGUCGCCGCUCGCCGCUACCAAGUCUGCGUCACCCCACACGCUGCACCACCACCCCUCGACGAGCCACCAGCCGACGGAAGCUGCCAUACCAGCGCAGCUAUCCGUCUCGACGUCUGAAUAUUCACACGAGCAGAGGCCGAAGGCAGCGGCAACGCCCAAGGCACGAUCGCCGCAGCACGACGAGUGGCACCCGGGAAUGAGCCACCCACCGACGACCGGGCCGCAGCCUGCAAUUCACCGCGAGGCAUUCGUCGCUGUCGACGCAGAAGUUGACGCGAAGCAACCGCGCCUGCACCACCACCCGGCAACGAGCGUGUCGCCCAGCAACGACCGGAAGCUAGCCAAACCGGAGCAUGAACGGAAGCCUGUCGAACCGGCAGGUGGACGCGAGCUUCUCUCGGAUGCUGGCGACGCAGUAGAGGACAACUGGGUACCGGUGGACGGCGCCCCCAAGUCGACUCGCCGCUCGCACCACGAGCCGACGAGUCCUCCGCCAACCACUUCGCCGCCGAUGCCACGCCCGGCGGUGCCGCGCGAGUUUGUCGCGGAAACCAACAAGCCGAAGAGACACCCGAAGCCUGCCAAAGCACGACACCCCCGCGCCACCUCCGUCGCCGCACCACCAGCACACGGCGCAACCGCCCGUGGCCCGAAUCCACGCUUAACCACGCCUAGCGUUGCUAGCUGGGCUUAUCUCGGAUAA